UUGUAUUGUUAGAAAUGAAUUACAAGUCAAAGUAAAUUUAGAAUUUUUGGAUUUAGGGUUGUAUACACAGGUCUGUCAACAGAGAUUACUUUUGCAUAAAAUGUUACUUAAUAUGUUACUAUAUACAUAAUAACAUAAAACAAAGAUAUGAAACACUCUCACUGUCAAACUCUGUCUCUUUUUGUUGAGUGUUAGCUUUAAGUAAAAAUUAGUCAUUAUAAAAAAGUUUUUGUUAUUGGAAAUAACAAGCAACAAUCUCUUCAAACAUGUACAACUAGUGCACUACAUGUAGCUCAACAACAAUAACUACAAUUAAUAUUUGACAUAUCAAUUGUGUUCUCUUGAGGACACAUAAUAGAUUCAUAAGAACAAACAUUGCCUGGUAGGUUUACAAAUGCAAAUAUAUAUUUUUAACAACUAUAGAUCCAGACACAGAUCAGCAGCUAAUGCUGUAAUGAUUUUGCCAUGGCAUGGAUAACCACAUGACAUUGAAUUGAUUCAUGAAUGUAUGUGUGCUGCACUUCUGAAACAUUUGUUAAUAACUGAUAACAUUUUACAAAUACUGAUAACCAGGCAUGGCAAUGGUGGGCUUUGCGUGAUUGAGCACCUGCUCUUUUUUUCUUGUUGGAGUGAAAGUGCCCCAUGAUCCUGAAAGGAGGAUAAGAUAAAUGUUAAUGUGUGACCAAAAUCCUUCUAGAUCUAUUGCUAGAACUAAAAUAACUAUUUGCAGUUGUCAAGUUAGUAUAUCUCCUGACUUUUGACCAGGAAGUAUGAAACUGCUUUACAGACACACCUCUUUACACGUGACUCCAAAAGCAAUUUUAGCAUCUAGGAAAGUGAAACUUAUGUGACUCCAAAAGGAGGAAGCUAUUUUAGCAUCUGGGAAAGUGAAACUUAUGCUUAGUUUAUAUGUUUUGUCUUUGUGUGCCUCUAUAUUCGUUCAGUAAAAUGGCAGAGGUGAGAAUUUCAGUGGAUCAGAUUGAGUUUAUGUGUCCAGUGUGUUUGGAUCUCCUAAAGGAUCCGGUGACCCUCCACUGCGGACACAGCUAUUGUAAGAGCUGUAUUACAGACUUCUGGGAUCAGGAGUAUGAGAAGAGAAUCUACAGCUGCCCUCAGUGUAGACAGAGCUUCACUCCAAGACCUGCUUUAGCUAAAAACACCAUGCUGGCUGAAGUGGUGGAGAAGCUCAAAAAGACUAAACCUCCUGCUGACUGUUGUGCUGGAGCUGGAGAUGUGCAGUGUGAUGCCUGUACUGGAACAAAAUACAAAGCCGUCAAGUCCUGUCUGCAGUGUCAAGAAUCUUACUGUCAAACUCAUUUUGAGCGUCAUGAGGAGUUUCACUCUCGUAAACCACACAAAGUGAUUGAUGCAACUGGACAACUGCGGGACAUGAUCUGCCAGAAACAUGGGAAAGAGCUGGAAAUCUACUGUAUUACUGACCAACAAUGCAUCUGUGAGCUGUGUAAGGAGUAUGAACAUAAAAACCACGCAACUGUAUCAACAGCAGAACAGAUGACAGAGAAACAGCAAGAGCUGAAGGAGAGGCAGGUAAAGCUUCAGCAGAGAGAGAAAGCUCUUCGGAAACUGAAAAAUGCAGUGGAGUCUCAAAAGCGAUCUGCACAGACAGCAGUGGAGGACACUGAGAAGAUCUUUACUGAGCUCAUCCGCUCCAUUCAGAAAAAACGUACUGAGCUCACACAGGUAAUCAGUUCUGCAGAAAAGACUGCAGUGAGUCAAGCUGAAGAACACAUGGAGUAUCUGGAGCAAGAGAUUGAAGAUCUGAGGAGGAGAAACGCUGAGCUGGAGCAGCUUUCACAAACACAGGAACAUGUUAAUUUCCUGCAGAGAUUUCAGUCUCUCCCAGCUCCUCUUGAAUCUACAGAUGGUUACUUCAGUUCUUUCUUGUGUUUUGAUGCUAUGAAAGAAUCUGUCCAUGAGCUGAAGAGCAAACUGGAGAAUUUGUGCAAAGAGGAGAUCAAGAUGAUCUUAGACAGAGUCACCAGCUUUGUUCCCAAGACCAGGAAUGACUUCCUACAGUAUUCCAUUAAGCUCACUCUGGAUUUACACACAGCUCACAAAUGUCUGUCUAAGAAAAGAAAAGUUGUUACUUGUACUAAAAAAGAGCAGCCAUAUCCUGAUCAUCCAGACAGAUUUCAUGACUGGCCUCAGGUUUUGUGUACAGAGAGAGUGCGGGGACGCCGUUACUGGGAGGUGGAGUGGAGUGGAGAUAAAGGUGUAUGUAUAUCAGCAUCUUAUAAGAGCAUCAGCAGGACGGGAACUGGUAAUGAGUGUGCAUUUGGAGGAAAUGACCAUUCCUGGAGUUUGUUCUGUUCUCCAUUAAGAUAUUUAUUUUGGCACAAUAAUAUUCAGUCUGAUCUAACUGUAAAGCCUAACAGCCAUAAAAUAGGAGUAUAUGUGGAUGUAGGAGCGGGAACUCUGUCCUUCUACAACGUGUCUGACGAAAUGAGCCUGAUUCACACAUUCCAGACGACAUUCACCCAGCCGCUGUUCCCUGGGUUUACUGUUGGCUUUGGAUCAUCAGUGAAACUGAAACAUAGAUAGAUUGUAGCAUAAAUUAUAGAGUGAUUUUAUUUAAAAUCCUCUAAGCUGAAUGAAGAAUCAGUAAUGGGGAGAUUUUUUUUUUUGCCUCUUUUCUCUUACAUUAAUGCUACAGAACAUCUACAACUGUGACUAAAAUAACACAUCUGAAUAAAUGUGAAUCAAGUUCUCAUGUGA